UAGUGUGGCAACUAUCGCCUAACAUUUUCACACACAACUCGCAUGUUGUAAACACACAACAGAAAUCACAGCAGAAAAAAAUAUAAAGCAACAACAAUGAAACUACCAAAUACAAAUUUCCAAGAAUUUUGAAAAUUUAAGUGCUUCAUUAAAGUGCAACAUUAAACAUAAAAAUUAAUAAAAACUUAAAAAAAUCAAGAAAUAACUGCAUAAAAAAUAGUAUUUUAACAAAAAAGUAUUAAAAACAAUGAAAAUUUGGUUAGAAAAUUGUGAAAAUACCUGGUAGUUAAAAUUCAAAUUCCAAGAAAAACAACACACUAAAAUUAAACGGAUUUCCUGGAAAAACAAAUUCAAACUCAACACACACACAAAGAAAAGCCACUUUAUAGGGGCUGCGUAAAGGACUUUAAUGGGCCAAAAGGCUACGGAUAAAAGUUUUUAUACAGUUAUUAUAACAAAACGUGAUAAAAACAUUUAAAUAUAAAUAAAAUGACUAAUAACAUUAAUGAGUACAUGUUUAUAUUCAUAUUUCUACUGACAACAGGUCUGUUAUCUUGCAAUAGAUCAAUGUCAGUAGAUGCGAAUAGAAUGUAUAACCAUCCCGGUGAGACUAUACCCAUCACUGUAGAGGAAGCAAUUGGAAAAAAUUUUAAUAUAACAUGUUAUAUGAACCCAAAAACGUUUCUCGGUAUAAAUUCCACUUGUUUGCACUUCGUAAAUGGCCGGACAAAUAAAGAGUUGCCGCGUGAAAAUAUUGUAACCGUCAAUAGUACCACCAUCAUAUACAUGGUACAUAAUGCCAGCGAACAACAAACAGAAUAUCGUUGUAAAUGUGGACCUGAUGCCAUAAUGGAGACCAAAGUGUUUGUGGGUUCUAAGCCUAGGCCUGUCAAAGACUUUUCAUGUCGUAGUUACGAUUUUGAUCAUAUGAUCUGUAAUUUCACUAAGCCAGCUAAUCCCAUACUUACCACCUAUAAUGUUUCUUACUAUAAUGAGUAUGCUAGUUACAUUUAUCAGCCCCGAUGCAAUUAUGAUGAUCGUAAUCUGGUUGUUUGUAAUACAUCGUUGAGUGAACGUUAUCAGGAAAUGUAUCACUUUAUAAUUGAAUCGAGAAAUGCUCUUGUCAAACCCAACGAACAACCAUUAAUACAACGCUUUGAUAUAAACAAUUUCGAAAUAAUGAUACCCGACAAACCAGGCGAGAAAAUGCGUGUUGAAAGUAUCAACGUGGAUAGCAUUAAAUUGUCCUGGCAAAUGGCUACAUGGGAAAAGUACCGUAUUAAAGGUUUAGAAUGGGAGGUUCUAUUGCAACCGGAAAACUCAACAAUUUUGACGAGAGAAGCGCCCGUACGGGAGCACAAUGAGUUACGUCUCCGGUUGAAUAAUUUACCUUAUGCAUAUUGGCAUUAUAAAUUGAUGAUACGUGCUCGUGUCCGUCAUCCAAAUGCCAUAUGGAGUGAACAGUUUGUUUAUAAAUUUCGUACAGCUGCUCGACGACCACAGCGUCCACCGCGUGUUCAGCCAGGCAGUUUCUAUAUUGAUUCAACAGAAACUCGUAUUACUGUAUAUUGGGAGGAACUAUUGCCUCAGGAUUAUAAUGGCAGCAAUUUUACUUAUGUAAUAACAGCAAUACAACCUGAUGGAAAAUUGUCAGAUUUAAAGCCAUGGCAUCAAGAGAAAAACCUUGCCAAGUUCUUUUGGCAAAAAGAUUUGUAUUACGAAUUUGAAAUACGUAGUAAAAAUCAUGUUGGAGAAUCUGUGGAGGCCAGUCGUUUAAUUAUUUAUCCUACAAAUCAAAGGAAUCAAAAGGAGUACACUCCUCUCGAUAUACACAAUGUAUAUCAUGGUAAUAAUCGCACCUAUACCUUAACAUGGCGAAACCCUAAAAAAUUAACAGGACUUUUAAGCUUUACGGUGUAUUGGUGUUAUACGAAACGUGCAUUGCCGAACGAAUGCAAAGAAUCGAUGCAUUUUCAAAAUCUACCUGCUACCCAGCUGAAUUUUACUACUCAACCACAAAAUGCUUCAGAAGAACGUGUACUUAAUUUGGCAGUCUCCGCUAACUAUGACAAGUUUAAUACCGGUCUCCAUUGGACAGAUUGCUCUAUGGAUAUAGUCAAUAUUGAUUUAGUUAAAAUGGAACCAGAAUUAGUGGCAUUAGAAAAUUCUAUUAAAGUUCAGUGGAGUGUUGAACGUGUGUGUCCCUCUAUCUUAGAUGGUUUCAAUAUAACCUACUGUGAAGUGGCUAACGAUGUAACGGCCGAAAAUGCCACUUGUCUAAACAAUAAUGUCAUCUCAAAAUUGGCCAGAAAAUAUGAUAAGAAAUAUUUUAUACGAAAUUUAAAACCAUUCACAACAUAUAAAGUAACCAUGUUAAUGUUUUGGCGUACUAAAAGAGGCAAACCAAGUGAUCCACAAAUUGUUCGUACCUUAGAAGGAGCACCCUCUCCGCCUAGACAAUUGCGCGUUGAAAGUAUUACCAAUACAAGUGCAACAAUACGAUGGUUUGAACCAACUUAUCCAAAUGGUAAAAUACGUAAAUAUAUUAUAAUGCUAAAUAAUGAUCAAAUUGAAGUGAAUGCCUCGACACGAACGUAUCAUCUUAAGAAUCUAGAGAGUUUUACGGCAUACAAAGUGUAUGUGUUGGCGGAAACUGUUGAAAGAUCUGAAACGAGCAAUGAUGUUCAUUUUGUUACGGCAAUUGGCACUCCCUCACCGCCCGUUAUUGGACCGAAUGACAAUAAGAAAAACAUCAUGUUAUGGAAUAAACCAGUAAAACCAAGUGGUUCUAUUGACUUUUACGAAGUUCGUGUAACGGAAAUGUAUAAUGAUAAAGUAAUAAGACGACGAAUUAGUAUUAUUAUGGGAGCAUCUACAUGUUCAUUUAGUAAAUUUCCAAAUUGUAUAGGAGCCGAAUAUAAAACCACAGUCGAUGUGCGUGCAGUUAAUGCAGCUCCUCUUGCAGAGAAAAACGUAUCGAUAGUUACCGACAGUUAUCAAACGCACGCCGAUGAUGAUAUUUAUAAGAACAAUGACGAUUUGGAUUGUAUGGGUGAACAUUCAAAGUCUGCGGAGUAUUUAGAAAACAUACAAAAAUAUAUGAAUAAUACGCUGUAUGAACUGUACAGAUCACAAUGGCAAACUACCGUUAUACAUUCAUGUUCAUCAAGUCCUAUGAGUAAAAUAACCACAGUUGCUUUAAUUGUAGUUGCCAUGUCGUUGGGUGUCAUGGCUGCGCUGUAUAUGGCUCGUAAGAAAUAUAAUAAAAUGGCAAAUAUUAAUUGUACCCUUCCAGCUGGUCUGGAAACGUACUUUACUAAAGAUGCAGCUUCUGGCUUUCCCGGUGAUUUUGGCAGUAGUAGUCAUACGAUCAAGGAUACAAGAGCAGCUGAAGAUCAAUGGAUAACUGCAGCCCGUAUGCAUGAUUUUAAUUUUCGCAAUGAACAUCAUCAUUUGUUAGCCUCUUUGGGCAAUGAUUCAGGUUAUUUAGGUGGUGGUGGUGGUGGAGGGGUGCACAACAGUGGGGAUGCUCUAAAUGAUCAUAUAUUGGGUUGUAGUCUCGAAACUGCAAAUAUUUCCGAAGUUAAUAUUCCGGCUGAUGUAGAUCCUGAGGAAUUUGAAAAAGAGCAUUUAAAAGAAAGUCUAAAUUCGUCUUCUACAUCAGCCGAUUCUUUAGUUGAAAGCACUGAAGGAUCUGAAUGUAAUAACGGAGAUUUUGAGCGUUCACCUCUAGCAAUAUUUCCCAAUAACAAUGGCUAUAUUAAACAAUCAAUGUUACAGCCCUGGCAAACGUUUAAUACUCACGAGGAGGAGGAGGAGGUUAGAAAUAGUGCACAAUUACCAACCAUACCGGCAGCUACAAGUGGUUAUAUAACAGUUCAAAAUUUAAGCAACGUCCUUGCAAAACCCAACAAUAACCAACAAGCUAUUGUGCCAUCUAAUACGGGCGGCUAUGUAAUGCAACAAGAUUUGCAAAAUUUAUUUAAUAAUAAAUCAUCUAACACUAAUCCCUUGCCUACAACUGCUGAAAAUAUUUUACCAUUCAAUAGCAGUGGCUAUACUACCCUAGAGAGUCUAACUAAAUUAAAUUUGCCCACAACCUUAGCAGCACAAAAUGAAAAUCAUACUCAACAACUAGCAGAUGUUUCAAAUACAAAUGCCCCAGCAAUUGACACUCAUAAUGAUGUUGAAGGCGCUGAUGAUGUUGCGAAAACCAACGUUAUAUCCGGCUAUGUUACUCAACAAGAUUUAAACAUAUUUGCUCAACAUCAGCAUAAUCAUUAAUUUGAGCUAAGAACUGAAUUUACUUUUUUUUUAUAUGUUGUAUUAUUUAUUAAAAUUAAGUUUAUAAGAACAACAGAGUAACAUUAAUACUUAAACUACAGAUAAAUGGCAAAUGAUGUGAGAGCUGGCUUCCCUAUCCACACAUAAGAAAA